AGCAUGAUUUCUACUGUUAGGAGCCCAUGCGGUAUCCCUUUCACUUUAUGAAUCCUGCAGGAAUCCUUCAUACACUAGGGUUUCACUGAUCACUCUCACUAGCUUAUCUCAACAUUUUCUCUUCCACUUUCUGAGUAAAUUGUCGAUGGACUUUCACAAAUCUUAAAACAAAAUAUUCGGAAAUCCCUUUACUCUCUUCCUUUUCCAAUUAUGGUCAACAAAUCCGAACCAGUCAACGGCAACGUUAAACCACCAGCAGCAGCCAUGCCGGCGCCCAGCCUGAAAUCAGAUCUGCUCAACACCCUGUCUCUCAGAACCCUCAAACUGAAAACCAAGCAGCAGGAGCUCCUAAUUCGGGUUUCCAUACUGUGCCUAGUUUACAUUUUGGCUUUCAUUACCCGUUUGUUCAGUGUUCUUCGUUAUGAAUCUAUGAUCCAUGAGUUUGACCCCUACUUCAAUUAUCGAACCACUCUUUUCUUGACCCAGAAGGGGUUUUAUGAAUUCUGGAAUUGGUUUGACUCCGAGAGCUGGUACCCUCUUGGCCGCAUUAUUGGCGGAACUCUUUACCCCGGCCUCAUGGUCACUGCUGCUGUUAUUUACUGGGUCCUUCGGUUUCUCCGCUUCGCUGUUCAUAUACGUGAAGUGUGCGUCUUGACAGCUCCGUUUUUCGCUUCCAAUACUACGGUGGUCGCGUACUUCUUUGGGAAAGAGAUAUGGGAUUCAGGGGCUGGACUUGUGGCUGCUGCAUUGAUCGCCAUUUGCCCUGGUUACAUUUCCAGGUCGGUGGCUGGAUCAUAUGAUAAUGAGGGUGUGGCCAUUUUUGCGUUGUUGUUGACAUUUUACUUGUUUGUCAAGGCUGUCAGAACAGGGUCCUUGGCUUGGGCCUUGGCCUCAGCUUUUGGGUACUUCUAUAUGGUUUCUGCAUGGGGAGGAUAUGUGUUUAUCAUUAACUUAAUCCCACUUUAUGUGAUGGUCCUUUUAAUCACUGGGAGGUAUUCAAUGAGGUUAUAUGUUGCUUAUAAUUGUACGUAUGUUCUGGGAAUGCUGCUUGCAAUGCAAAUUCGGUUUGUGGGGUUUCAGCAUGUACAAUCUGGAGAGCACAUGGCAGCUAUGGGCGUCUUCUUCCUAUUGCAGGUUUUUUACUUCUUAGACUGGGUUAAGCACUUGCUGAGUGAUGCAAAACUGUUUCAGGCCUUUUUGAGGAUUACUUUGACAUGUGCAAUAGGUGUUGGUGCUGUUGCCUUGGGUGUAGGCACAGCAUCUGGGUAUAUUUCUCCAUGGACUGGCCGAUUUUACUCUUUGCUGGAUCCAACCUAUGCUAAGGAUCACAUCCCCAUCAUUGCAUCUGUCUCUGAGCAUCAGCCAACAGCUUGGUCAUCAUUCAUGUUUGACUUUCAUAUUCUACUUUUCCUUUUCCCUGCUGGUCUUUAUUUUUGCUUCAAGCGAUUGUCAGAUGCCACUAUAUUUAUAGUUAUGUAUGCCCUCACAAGCAUGUAUUUUGCUGGUGUCAUGGUUCGGUUAAUUCUUGUUGCUACACCUGCAGUAUGCCUUAUUAGUGCUAUUGCUGUUUCUGCCACCAUAAAAAAUUUGACUAUGCUGUUGAGGUCAAAACACAAAGUUGCCCAGACUGGUUCAACUAAGGCAACUGUUAGUGCAAAAGCUUCUUCUAAGGCUUCACUUGAUCAAUCUCAGCCUUUCCAAAGAAAUGGUGCUGUUGCCUUGCUUCUUGGUGCUUUUUACUUGCUCAGUAAGUAUGCUGCCCACUGUACCUGGGUGACAUCAGAGGCAUAUUCAUCUCCAUCAAUUGUCUUGGCUGCAAGGGGUGCCCAUGGCAACAGGGUUAUCUUUGAUGAUUACCGUGAGGCAUACUUUUGGCUUAGGCAAAACACUCCUCCAGAUGCUAAGGUGAUGUCUUGGUGGGAUUAUGGGUAUCAGAUCACUGCCAUGGGAAACAGAACUGUUAUUGUUGACAAUAACACAUGGAACAACACACAUAUUGCUACCGUUGGCCGUGCAAUGUCAUCUUAUGAAGAUGAGGCAUACGAGAUAAUGAAAUCGCUUGAUGUGGAUUAUGUAUUAGUUGUCUUUGGAGGUGUCACCGGUUAUUCCUCAGAUGAUAUUAACAAAUUUUUGUGGAUGGUGAGAAUUGGAGGUGGAGUUUUUCCUGUAAUUAAAGAACCUGAUUACCUUGUUAAUGGGGAGUAUCGUGUUGACAAAGGUGCAGCUCCAAAAAUGUUGAAUUGUCUGAUGUACAAGUUGUCCUACUAUCGAUUUGGAGAGUUGGUUACGGAAUAUGGCAAACCUCCUGGGUAUGACCGUGCGCGUGGAGUUGAGAUAGGUAACAAGGACAUUAAACUUGAAUACUUGGAAGAGGCAUUUACAACAUCUAACUGGAUAGUUCGUAUCUAUAGAGUUAAACCUCCAAAUAACAGGUGGUGAUCUGACUCACUCUAUGCCAGACCGAAAAGGAACGUUUGGUGGCUGAAACUGAGUGCUUUAGUCUUGGGAUUUUGCUUAGAGAGAUUUUUUAACGUUCAAGGCUCUUAAAUAUCUAGAAACCAUUGUUGCAUAUUUAAAGCCCCUUUUAGAUCCAUGAUUUCUCAGAACACUGUAACUCACUGCGUCGAUGCAAUUUUAUAGUAUUAAUGAAAGAUGAAAGAUGAG